AUGGCUUUCCCUCAAUUACUAGUAGGCAAGGUUGCUGCCAUCACCGGUGGGCUCACAGGCAUUGGACGGGCAAUCGCCCUCGAUUACAUUCGUCAUGGAGCCAAAGUUUCAAUCAGUCACCUCGGCGGGCCCAAGGAAGAUUCCUUACUGGAAGCACUGCGCAAUGACGUGAAAGAAAUCGAAGCCGAAGCAGCCACCCGAUUCAUCACAGUAUCAGGCGACAUUUCCCAGCCAGAAACUGGACAGAACUUUGUCGCAAAGACCGUCGAGGCCUUCGGUCGACUGGAUGUAUUCGUGAGCAACGCAGGCGUCUGUCAGUUCGCCGAAUUCCUAGAACUCGAGCCCUCCCUCCUAAACCACACAAUAUCCACCAACCUCUCAGGCGCUUUCUACGCAACCCAAGCGGCAGCCCGCCAAAUGGCUCUGACACAGUCACCACCCGGAGGCUCUAUCAUUGGAGUGAGCUCCAUCUCCGCGUUGGUCGGUGGCGCCCAGCAAACGCACUACACACCCACCAAGGCUGGUGUCCUGAGUCUCAUGCAGUCCUGCGCGUGCGCGCUGGGAAAGUAUGGGAUUCGUUGUAAUGCGCUGCUACCGGGAACUAUCCGGACGCAGCUUAAUGAGGAGGAUAUGAAGGAUCCCGUUAAGCGGAGUUAUAUGGAAGGACGGAUCCCGCUUGGUAGACUUGGUCAGCCGAAGGAUUUGGCGGGUCCGGCUGUUUUCUUGGCCUGUGAGGAGUUGAGUUCCUAUGUCACUGGUGCGCAGCUUUUGGUUGAUGGUGGGCUUUUUGUCAACUUGCAGUGA